CGUUUUCAUUUGGCACGUAUCUUGACUUUUGGAGGAAAAUUUCGUCGGAUGCAGUACAGACUCUCCCAUCGUCUUCACUUCAUCAGCCGCUCAUCACCCUGUGUAGGUCCGCAUUCCGAUACACGCAACUCAGAGAUGAUGCGCAUUACGUACCUUUCCUCCUCUCCUUUUACUUUUUGAACGUCUUCCACUCCUCACUCGCUGGCCCAUCGCUACUAAUAAGUCUGAAACCAAGCUACUCCCUCUUUCAGUUUCACUCCAUAAUCGAUCUCGACCAGUAUUCGUCUUCUUCUCUUCUGUAGAUAUACCCCAUCUAUAAUUCAUAUACAUAUACGUACGAGCAUUAUACUUUUCUUACCAGAUGCUCACGCUAGCUCCAUCUUCUGCACCUAGUCUUUCGUUCACACACUUUCUGUAGAACCCUAGAUCUCGGUUUUGAGCUUACUUGUUGCUCGAAAAAUCAGUCGAUUAAGAAUGGAGCUUCGAUCUGUGGUUUUUUUGUUGCUGACGAGUGUUAUCUUUGGCGAGAGCGUCUUCGCCACCUUCUCGUCGAAGCUUUACCACAGAUUCUCAGAGGAGGUAAGGGCCGUGCAUAGAGUUUUCAGGAGCGGAAACGGGUCGGAUCUCUUGCCGGAAAAUGGUAGCAUGGAGUACUACCAGCUGCUUGUGAAGAGUGAUUUCGAGAGGCAAAAUAUGAAGCUUGGUACCAAGCACCAGCUCCUCUUCCCUUCUGAAGGAAGCAAAAUGAUAUCGCUUGGAAAUGACUUUGGAUGGUUACAUUACACCUGGAUCGACAUAGGGACACCUAGUGUGUCAUUUCUUGUUGCAUUGGAUGCUGGGAGCGAUCUACUUUGGGUUCCAUGUGAUUGUUUACAGUGCGCUCCACUAUCUGCGAGUUACUAUCAUAGUCUGGACAGAGAUUUGCAUGAGUACAAGCCAUCUGGUUCAAGCACCAGCAAACAUGUAUCUUGCAGCCAUCAGUUAUGUGAAUCAGGUCCGAACUGCAAAAGUCCGAAGCAGCAAUGCCCUUAUACAGUAAACUACUACACAGAAAACACAUCGACUUCUGGAUUGCUUGUUGAAGAUAUGUUACACCUUUCAUCAGGCAGCAGUGAUCCAUUGAAUGCAUCUGUCCAGGCUUCAGUCAUUAUAGGAUGUGGUAUGAAGCAAAGUGGUGGUUAUUUAGAUGGUGUUGCUCCUGAUGGUCUGAUGGGCUUGGGUCUGGGAGAAAUUUCAGUUCCAAGCUUUCUUGCUAAAAAGGGAUUGGUCCAUAACUCCUUCUCCAUGUGCUAUGAUGGAAAUAAUUCUGGGAGAAUUUAUUUUGGGGAUCAAGGGCCAUCUUUACAACAAUCUACUUCUUUCCUACCUUUUGAUGGGAAAUAUUUAACCUACAUUGUUGGUGUGGAGGCAUGUUGUAUUGGUAAUUCUUGUCUGAAGCAGACUAGCUUCAGGGCUCUGGUUGAUAGUGGAUCAUCAUUCACAUAUCUCCCAAAUAAAGUCUACAAAAGAAUAACAGAAGAGUUUCACAGUCAAGUCAAGGCUACAAGAUCUAGCUUUGAAGGUUAUCCAUGGGAGUACUGCUAUAAGUCCAGUGUGGAGCUACCCAAGUUGCCUUCUUUGAAGCUUAUAUUCCAACCAAACAACAGCUUUCUGGUCUACAAUCCUGUAUUUAUGGUCCCUGGCACCGAGGGACCUCUUGGAUUUUGUUUGGCUGUACAGCCCAUGGAUGGAGACAUUGGAAUAGUGGGACAUAACUUCAUGACUGGCUAUCGGAUGGUGUUUGAUAGAGAAAAUAUGAAGUUAGGAUGGUCUCGUUCAAAUUGUCCAGAUCUAAGUGAGGGUAAGAGGAUGCCACUUACAUCUCCGAGUGGCACAUCACCAAACCCAUUGCCAACAAACGAGCAGCAAAGCAGCCUGGGGAGUCAUGCAGUCUCCCCUGCUGUGGCUGGUAGAGCUCCCUCAAAGCCGUCAGCUGCUGCAACUUCAUUGACACCGUCAUUAUUCUGUUUGCUAGGGUUGCUGUGCUGCAAUUGUUGUUGCGUGCAUGCAGGUAGAUGAAAUGCUAUUUUGUAAGCCUCUGUGAUGUACAUCCAUUUUCCCUUUUCUUUCUAGAUAUAAAUAUGUUGUCAUCCAGUGCUGUCAUUUUUUUGAGCAUUUUGGAUGCAUUUGGGCUUGUAGUAUAUGAUUUACUUCCUCAGUCGGUUCUUUCUCUACCUUUUAAGAAGGAAAAAGACACCCUUUAAUUCAGUUUGGUGCUCUUUCCAUGCCAAUCUGAAACUGAAUCCUGUUUGGUGCAUUCAUUGGUUAACUUGGAUCUUUAAGCCA